AUGCUUCCUCAAGAGCUCAGAGAAACAGAAGAAGGUGUAGAAAUGAUGUUUAUGACGCAUGUUGUGGGGCCUUACUUGCUGACAAAGUUGCUGCAGCGGAGUGUACAGGCAGCUUCAGGUCGUGUUAUUUUUGUUUCUUCUUUCGGACAGCACUUAUCACCUUCAAGCUUUCAUCCUCUUCAAGCUAUGUGCAGCAGCAAAGCCUACCGAGUUGCUGCUGCUGCUGCUGCUGCUACAGCUGCUGCUGCUGCUGGGAGUGCUGGAAGUGGAAAGGAGGAAGCAGCAGCAGCAGCAGCAGCAGCAGCAGCAGCAGCAAAUGAUAGUAUUAGGGGUAUAUUGCCUUGGACUAAGGAAACAUUCGAUGGAAAUGCUGCUUACGGCAGCAGCAAAUUAGCAGAGACAUGGCUAGCAGCUGCGCUGCAGCGGGAGCUCUCCUCCAGCAGCAGCAGCAGCAGCAGCAGCAGCAGCAGCAGCAGCAGCAGCAAGAGUGCUGCUGCUGAUACGCCUUUAGUUGUGAGUCUACAUCCAGGAGUCUGA